GCCCACACAGGAAGUUAUUGGUCAUGGUUGCAGUAAAGGAACACCUCCCUUGUGUGAAAUGUAUUUGCCGUUCAACAUAGUCCUGACAUUGCGAAUCAGCUCAUGAUGUGAAGACCAGUUUGGGUGGCUUUAAGAGAAGAUAAGAAGACAUGUCUGCUCAAAGUAAAAAGAAAAGGCUUGCUUCACGUCGCCGGAUAGCAGACCAAAAUGAAAUGUCUAAGAUGGAUGACUUGCAUGUCACGGGCAGUACCUUUGUAGCGCAACAUCACAUACCAGAAGAAAAUACUGACUCAUUAAAUGUAUUGGCUAAUUUAGAAAAUUCAUAUUCUGAAACCCAACAUCCACCUUCACCUAAACUCUUGGGUAACCGAAGGAAAUUGGGGUCUCGUCGAAGGAAUAUAGAACAGCAUGUGAAGGACUCAGUGACUGAAUCAUACCAGGAACCCAGAGAGGAAGUUGAGCAUACGACCAGGGGACAGGCAGACGCUUCUGAGGUUCAGAAUGCAACUACAACAAACUGUUCAGAGGCUGACUGGGAGAGUUUCAGUUCCAAAUGGGAAAAUCUGCAAGCAGACCGAGAUGAAACUGAGACAUACUCUGAAGUGAUAUCUGAGUCUUGUAAAUUAGUGAAAACCGUGCAGGAAGCAAUUGACAAAUCUGACCUUCACAGUGAGGAAAUCAAAGAAGUUCCACAUCGUGUUAGCAUCUCUGAGUUAACUAGUUUAAGUGGUCUUUUCUGUCCAACAGUUGAUCAGCAACUGAUUGACCAAUCAAAUUGUAGGGAAAUACCAGAAGAAAAACCUCCCAGUGUGUGUUCUGUCACAGAAAAUGAAGGCAAGGAAAGAGAUGACAACACAGAAUUGUUCUUUUCUAGAACCACGGAAAAUACUGAAAUGGAAUGCAGUGUUCGGCAAGGAACAAUUUCAUCACCAAAAGAUGAGUUGCCUACAAAAGUCAAACAAAACGAGCAUUUCAAUUUGUCUGAAGUCGUAGGUGCUCAUCAUUCACAAGACGCUGUAAACAAAGUGCAUGGAAAUGAUAUUAAGCUAAUGAUUAUGCAUGAAGUUGCUUACUCAUCUGAUAGUAGGAUGCAUGAUGCCACAGAAAAUUCUGAAAUAUCUGGAAACCUGAUGAACCAAACUGGAGUCUGUGAAACAAACCAAUCUGAGUUGAUUGUGAAGAGUAUUCAUGAUUCAUCCACAAAUCAGGAUGAAAAUGUGGAGGCUUUAGAGUGGAACAAUGAGAAUUAUUGUGUUUAUGAUACCAACAGUGAAUAUCAUUCAGAGGUUGCUGUAAACAAACUGCAUGAACAGGAUGUUGAGCCAAAAGAAAAUCAAGAAAUGCCUCAACUUGAUUACUCCUCUGAAAAUGUGAUUCAUAAUGCCACAGAAAAUUCUGAAAUAAUUUCUGGAAACCUGAUGAACCAAACUGAAGUGAGUGACACAUUCCAAUAUACGUUGACGGUGAAAAAUACUGAUGAUUCUCCCACCAAUCGGGACAAUUCAAAUCCUGACAACAUACAGGAUGAACAUCCUACAGAAGAAAACCACUUUGAGGUCCCAGAGCAGAAAAACAAUGUUCAUGUUUAUGAAAGCAAGGAACCUCUGAUCAGCGACAUAGAGAGACUUGACACUGCAUUGAGUCAGGUAUUUGAGAUAGAAGGCAGAGUAGAGGAUGAUACAAAACCCAGUGCUGAACAAACAGGUCAGCAGGAACAGGAAGGACUCCUCUCUGAAAUGGAGGAGAGUGCAUCUUCUUUACAAACUCUGCAAUCUGAAAUAAAUGUUCCUUUUGACUCCCAACCUCAGCCAAAGGACACCAGCUUCAACUCCAGUGGGAACAGAAGAAAACUGGGGUCUAGCCGUAGGAAUAAAAGAAGACAUCAUGUCAAAGACUCUGUUGCUGAAUCAGACCAUGAACCUACAGAGGAUGUUGUUGGAAAUAUCAGUGAUAAUGACACUCUUGAAACAACAGAAAUGACAUUAACAACAGAGACAGCAGUGCAGGAAAAAUCAAUGGAAACCUUUCUGGAAGGAACAGACACAUUUGACACUGCUCAGACUGAAGAUGUUAGUGAUCCAGUUAAAGAAAAUGCACAAGAUGGCACACUUGUUGGCAUCGCCAAUCUCAAUAGUUCGGGUUUACAGUCAAGUUCAACAGUAGAUCAACAGACGAUCGAACAAUCAAUUUUCAGGGAGAUGCCAGAUGAAGAAGUUCCCAACGUGUGUUCUGUGACAGAAAAAGAAAACAAGGGAAUAGACGAGAACACAGAUAGGUUCAGGCAGGAUGGAAAGUUACAGGGCAAAUAUUUGGUGAGUCAGGAUUUAGAGUCUUCUAUCACACCUGAGAUAACCACAGAAAAACACAGCAGCAGAGAGCAUACAGAACCCGAAUGCAGUUUUGAACAAGAAAUAUAUUCAUCACCAAAAGAAGAGUUGCACGGAAAUGAGGGACAAAAUAAGAUCUUCAACUUACCUAAAGUCAAAGGUGAUUAUCAUUCAGAGGUUGCUGUAAACAAACUACAUGAACAGGAUGUUGAGCCAAAAGAAAAUCAAGAAAUGCCUCAACUUGAUUACUCCUCUGAAAAUGUGAUUCAUAAUGCCACAGAAAAUUCUGAAAUAAUUUCUGGAAACCCGAUGAACCAAACUGAAGUGAGUGACACAUUCCAAUAUACGUUGACGGUGAAAAAUACUGAUGAUUCUCCCACCAAUCGGGACAAUUCAAAUCCUGACAACAUACAGGAUGAACAUCCUACAGAAGAAAACCACUUUGAGGUCCCAGAGCAGAAAAACAAUGUUCAUGUUUAUGAAAGCAAGGAACCUCUGAUCAGCGACAUAGAGAGAGUUGACACUGCAUUGAGUCAGGUAUUUGAGAUAGAAGGCAGAGUAGAGGAUGAUACAAAACCCAGUGCUGAACAAACAGGUCAGCAGGAACAGGAAGGACUCCUCUCUGAAACGGAGGAGAGUGCAUCUUCUUUACAAACUCUGCAAUCUGAAAUAAAUGUUCCUUUUGACUCCCAACCUCAGCCAAAGGACACCAGCUUCAACUCCAGUGGGAACAGAAGAAAACUGGGGUCUAGCCGUAGGAAUAAAAGAAGACAUCAUGUCAAAGACUCUGUUGCUGAAUCAGACCAUGAACCUACAGAGGAUGUUGUUGGAAACUUCAGUGAUAAUGACACUCUUGAAACAACAGAAAUGACAUUAACAACAGAGACAGCAGUGAAGGAAAAAUCAAUAGAAGAAGUUCCCAACGUGUGUUCUGUGGCAGAAAAUGAGGAAAGAAACAAGUACACAGACAGGUUCAGGCAAGAUGAAAAUGUACAUGGAAAAUAUUUAGUGAUUGAGUCACACGUGAAAUCAGAAGAUAUAGAGUCUUCUAUCACACUGGAGAUAAGUACAGAAGAAAGCAGUCCUGAGGAACGUAAUGAAAUUAAAUGCAGUGUUGAGCAAGCAGAAUUUUCAUCAUCAGAAGAGAAUUUGAGGAACAUAAAUGAGGAACAAAAAGAGCAUGUCAACUUAUCUCAAGUUAGAGGAACUUGGCAUUCUCAGGAUGCUGUAAAUAAAGGGCAUGAAGAGGAGAUCAAGCCAACAGAUAUGCAAGAAAUCCAUCAAACGGAUAACUUAUCAAUUGACAGUGAAUCGAAUUUACAAGAAUUUCAAUCAGAAAUUAAUGCUCCUUUGGACUCCCAACCUCUCGAAAAUUCAGAGAAUAUCAAAGAGCAAACUUACAAAGACUUUAACCCAACAGGGAAUAGAACAAAAUUAGGGUCAAGCCAAAGAAAUGGACAACUGCAUGUCAAGGACGCAACACAAAUGUCAUUAGUAAUGGAGACAAUGAGGCAGGAAGAAAUAAAAGAGGGAACUGACCUAAACGCCAAAUCCGCUGGGGAAAUGAGAAAAAAUAGAUCAACUGUAAAUGACAAAGAAAACGCAGAAAAGAUGUCGGAGGAUGACAUAAUUUUACCAAAGAAUGUGAUGUGCAACAACACAGUUGUAACAACAGAUAUUACUUCAAGUUCGGGCAAAGAUGACUCCGUCAAGUCCAAUAAGAAAGUCACUGAGAAGGAAAAUGUCCUCAUAAAAGAGACUGAGGAUUUAGGUCAACGUGCAGGAUGUGACACAUUUAAAAUGAACUUGAUUCAAUCCCAAGAAGUCUUAGUUUGGAAAGAUAAUUCAGACAUAGAGAGUAGUUCAUAUCACUAUGAUGUCACCGCCAGGUCAAACACUUCAGAUGAAGCCUUUCACGUCCAAAACACAGAAGCUUCACAUUUUGACUAUUCCGAAACUAUUAUGCAACAGACAAAUGAAACAUCAGAAACUGAUGGAAAUGUCACAAUGAAAUACGUUAAAACAGGAGCGGAGAGUACAAAGUAUGUACAAGUUCAUGAACAGGAUGAAGAUGGAGCACAAUUUGAAGAUCCUACAAAAAAAGAAAAUGAAGCCCAAGAAAUUAAUGUUUCAAAGGAGAUGUUUUCUGCUCCACACAACAAUACUGACACUUUGGCUACAUUUGACAUUGGCCUCGAGGAUGAAAACCUCAGAGCAGAGCCAGUUGUAGAUGUGUCUGAGGAAAGUGGAAUUUCCAGCCAACAAGGGAUACAAGAAAACACUAAUUUGCAAAGACGAUCCAAUCAGUCCAAACAGAAGAGGAGAAAGAUGGGCUCUACUCGCCGUACUCAACUCAAUAGUAAACCAGAGGAAAAGAGAGUAGAAACAGAAACAAGUGACAGAGAAGCUGACAAGAUGGAAGUGGAGGAGUUAACGAUCAUUGCAACAGCAGAGGUAUCGCAGAAUGAAACUGCUAAACCGUCACUGAGUCUUGUGUAUAAAGAACAAAUGGAAACCGAUGAAACCAGCACUGUGGACGGCAUGGGGCAAAAGCUACAAAGCUCUGGCUUGCAGAGUAACAUGAUGUCAGAUUUAGACUAUUCAAAGGCUCUCCCUCCUGAGCAAUCUGGCUCCCACAAUGAAGACGUUGUUGAUCCUGUUAAGUUUGUUCAUGCAGCGGAUGUGAGUGACCGUAAGAGAAAUGUAGAUGUUAGUGUGGAGCCAUCACAGAUAGAUGAGACGCAUAUCACCUCUGCGUCCACUGGAAGAACCCCAAUAAACGAGGAAAGGCCAGAGAAUGUAAACAUAAUACAGGACCAAGCUUUGAAAUCCACAGAAGCUCUCGUUUUGGCAGAUUUGGAAAUAGUGAAAUCUGUAGUCAAAGAAGGAGCUGGGGUAGGGCAUAUAACUGCUGGGGCGAGUAAACAAGAGCCGGACAUCGCAAAUGAAGGAGCUUACAAUAAAAAUCUAGAGAUGAAGAAUGCAAGUUCAUAUUUAGAGACAAGCAGCAGGAGAAGAAAGAUGGGCUCCACCCGCAGGAAUCUCAGAACAGGAUCCAAACAAGAAGACUUGCAUCAAAAGCAGGACGUGAAUGAUGAAGCAACAGAGAGUGCAACUAAUGUUGGAGAUGUAAGAACUGAAAGUUUCUCAAGCAUCAUGAAUGAUGAGCUACAACUUGAUGGAAAACACAAAGACGGUGGCUCUGAAACAAUAGAGUACAGCCACACUGGUGAGUCUCACAAACCUCUGGCCCACCAGACAUUUGAAGAAAAUCCUGUUUCUCAAGGCCAACUAGUAGAAACCGAGCAUCAAUUGACUCCCAGUUAUCUCCCUGCAAUGCCAUCCACUUCUCCCAAACAUGAUUUAAUAUCAGAAUCAGCAUCUGGUGGAAGAAGGAGGAAAAUGGGAUCUCACCGGAAGUCACAUGGACACCAAGACCCUGACAACCAAACUGCAAGAAGGGACAGAAUAACAGAUACACAACAUGAGAGAGAUGUCAGAAGUAUCAGAGAAGAAAGUGCCAUCAAGACUGAGGAGCUGAGAGAAGAAUAUUUGGGCCUGGACAAAAUAUCAAAGGUUGAUAAAAGUCACAAGAAGCCAUUCUCCAACCUCAGCACCACAAAGGAAGGAGAGCACCCAAGGCCUGUGAGUGAGAAGACACCUGAAUCAGUGACUCCACUUCAACACCAUUAUGCUGAGAGUCAACAUAAGUUGUCUCUGGUGAGUCGAGCAGAUCUGAGAUCAAAUGCUUACAAUGUGAUGAUGGUUGGAGACAGCAGUGUGGGCAAAACCUCCUUCAUGAGAAGAGCUCAAAGUGGGAAGUUUUCUUCAGAUAUACCCGCCUCUAUUGGACUUGAUUCCUGCAUGUGGACCGUGAUAGUGGAAGGAAAACCGGUGGUGCUGCAGUUGUGGGAUACAGCGGGUCAAGAAAGGUUUCACAGCAUCACAAGACAGGUUUUCCACAAAGCCCACGCAUUUCUCUUGAUGUAUGACGUCACUUCCUCACAGAGUUUUUCUGCAGUCAGCUACUGGGCAAGCUGUAUUCAGGAAGGGGCUGCAGAAAGUGUGACCAUUUUACUUGUUGGCAAUAAGAGUGAUCGAGCAGAGUGCCAGGUUAAAACUCAGGAGGCGGAAAUUCUCGCGAAGGAAUACAACAUUGAAUACAUGGAGUGCAGUGCUGCCACCGGGGAAAAUGUGGUUCAGUGUUUGGAAACUGUGGCCAGGAUGUUGAGUCAAAAGGUUGACCUAAGAGAUGAUACCAUGGUGUUACACAAAGAGCCCCAAACAAAAACAUCAAGAUGUUGCUGAACAAGAUGAAAACUUACUGAAGUGGAGAAAUCCUGCACACAGUGAACAUCCUGCAGUGGCUGGACUGGCAUUUAAGAGAGUUUGUAUGGACAUCACAACUAAAACUGGAACUCCAACCAUCUUGUAUUAAACUGUAUUAAACAUUGUGUUAAUGUAUGCAAGUUACAUUUAUUUUUCAUAAUUAUUGAUAGCUGUUUUGUUAUUUCUACUAAGCGGUACAAGUACAUUCUUGAUUUAGAGUUUUCAAAUGGGGUACCGGAGUACUAUGGGAACUGCAGGGUCAAAUGUAUUUUUUAAAUGUUAAUUACGAAUAUAUAUAUAUAUAUAUAUAUAUAUAUUCUUCAAAUAAGUAUACUGUAAUUAAAUAAUGUCAAUUUAAGUUUAAUAAACCAACUUUUAUAUUCAAUAUAACAAUGUAAAUGGCUGUAAACUUUCCACUAUUGAAACAAAUGCUUUGUUCCCCUUGUUUUUCACCCAAAAUGUGUUUCACUGGUCAGGAGGUACCUGGAUAAAAAAAUAUUUCAAUGAGGGUACAUUGUUGAUGUCAGGGAAUCACUGAUUCAUAGUAGAAUUUAAAAUAUUACUGGAGUGCCAUAAAAUAUAUUAAAUGGAGCAUUUACAGAUGAGCUUGAUAUGUUUUGAUGUGUAUACUAUAUUGGAUUGCUGGUGCAGGCUCUCUUUAGAGGCUGGUCAAUGAACAGAUGUUGAGUGAUCCAACAAAUAGUUAUUACAUCAUGAAUAAUUUUGCACUGUGUUUUAUCUUGUUGGACUGAUUUCCCUUCUAACUGGUGCAAUUUGAAAUGUUUGCUUUCAGUCAAUGUUUGCAGUCAUCUUGUUCGGACUGAGGUAGUUGCAUUUAAUGCUGUUGUAUUAUGUUUGUGUAUUUACCUAUGACUUAAUGCCUUUUAUCAAACUGUUUUAAUGUCAUGCUUAAUAAACCUCCAGAAUGAUGUCUGGGUGCUUACAAAGUUCA